UUUGAAUUUUCCUUCUCAUAUCGAUAAUUUUUUUUCAUUUCUUUUUAAGCCUCGUACUCCUCCGUUAGAAGACCAUGAUCAUCGUCAACUACUUUCUUCACUCUUUUCUGACACAAAAAAAGAACCUUCUACCCCAAUUCAACUUCCUCCGGCUAAUAACAAUUCUGGAAGUGGAUUAAGUGGUGCUGAAGUGAUUUCAUUAGUUCAACCUUUGGGAUUUUCUUUGGAUCAUGUAGAGGUUGUGGCUGGUUUACAAAGAUUUUUGGAAGAAAGAGUUAUUGAGCAAAUUGAAAUGGAAAAGAGGAGACAAGGAAAUAUUAAGAAUCUCCUGUCUCGCGAUUUUGACUAUUCCGAUGAAGAGGAUGAAGGUGGGGGCGGCGGUCAUCAUCACAAUGGCACACACACAUCGACAGGGUCACCCAUAACCCUUUCAAGUGUUUCUAAGGAAAAACUUUUAAAUCUUGCAAGAUCAGUAGUUGCUGAACCAGCACAUCAAGAAGAAAUGAGAAAAUUGGUGGCUUGUGUAAAUAAAGAUGUUGGCAUUGGUUCACCGGCUGCAAAAAUGGCCCUUCCUCAACAACAACUACAACAACCAUUGACUUUUCCAAUGCCAAACUUUUCUUUUCCACCGCCAAGCUUUUCAAACGGAACUCUUUUUCCUGGCCUCCAACUUCGUCCAUUGCUAAUUUUCAAACUACACCGACUUCAAUGUUCCCCAUGUCAACGCAGCAAUUUCCACAACAACAACAACAAACGCAUCGGGACGAUAGAAAAGAGGCUGAAAACUAUCGCAAUGAUCGAAACGAUUAUUCUAGAGGUGACAGAAGGGAUAGCCGUGCUAGUGGGUCUUCACGGAAACGGAGUAGAUGAUGAUCGUGAACGCAAUAGCGACAAAGAAAAGGAUCGUGAACAAAUGAUGAGAGAUCGUAGACGUAUGGGAUUACCCGAAAAACUGAAAUUUGAACAUGUUCUCAUUGCAUCUCGAACCUUAUGGUUUGGCCGUAUUCCUACAUCAGCUAAUGAAAAUGAUAUUAUUGAAUCUGUAAAAGAAAUUGGUACACCAGAAAAAAUAAUUAUCGUUAAUACACGUGGUUGUGCUUAUGUGACAAUGCCUGACAGAAAAUUGGCUUUUAAAAUUAUUGAUAGAAUGGGAAAAACAAUUCAAGUUUUAAAGAAAAAUAUAAAGCUUGCUUGGGCAACAAUUCCAAGCAUUAAAGAAGAACAAAAAUUUAUGGAUAAAUGGGAUUGUGAACUUGGUUUUGCCGAGAUUCCUUUUUCAAUUUUGCCUGAUGGAAAUUUGGAUAAAUUAAUGGAAGGAGCUUGGUUAGAAUUAUAUACUUUACCUGAAUUAUUGAAAGAUCGUUAUACAAACACUGGAAUUAAACAAAUACAACAACAAUUACAAGCAAUUCAAUUGCCACCAGCAGGUUUAACACUAUUGCCUCCACAAAUGGCAGCUGGAUUACCUGCUACAGCUGGACAGUUAAUGCCUGGUUUUACUUUUGUACGUUUUUUUAAAGUUUUUAAAAUAAACAUUGAAUUUUAUUUUAGUAAGAAAUUUUUUAUUACUUAA